AUGUCUAAUAAUUCUCUCAGUGGCAUGAUUCCCCAAUGCUUGACUGCAAUACGCAAUAUCAGUGUACUUAACUUAGCGAGAAACAACCUGACUGGAACUAUUUCUAAUGUUGAAGUUUCUAAGGAUAGUUCACUGGAAGUUCUAGAGAUCGGUAGAAAUCGGUUAGGUGGCCAGGUUCCAAAAUCUCUAGCUAAAUGCACUGAGUUGAAGGUUUUAAACAUGGGAAAUAAUAAUAUAACAGAUAGCUUCCCAUGCUUGUUGAAGAGCAUUUCCACCUUGCGUGUCCUUGUUUUGCGGUCCAACAACUUUUAUGGAGGCAUUGAAUGUCUCAACACCAAUGGCACCUGGCCAGGGCUUCAAAUCAUAGACCUAGCUCACAAUAACUUUCGCGGUGAAAUACAAGGAAUACUUUGGAGAACAUGGCAGAAAAUGAUGGUUACCGAAGAUGGUUUCCAAUUGACAAUCAAAGGCCAGGAGCUUAGAAGGAUAUAUAAUUCGGACAGAAUGAGCUUGGCAACAAACAGGAAUGGAUUUAAGGAGGUUUCUUUGGUCUUUGAGUAUGGUAUAAGUAUAACAGUUACUAACAAAGGUUCAGAGAUGAAUCUGGUAAAGAUUCUAUCUAUCUUCACCUUGAUUGACUUCUCAUGCAACAAUUUCAGUGGACCAAUACCUAAGGAAAUGGGAGAAUUGAAAUCACUACAUGCCCUUAACUUGUCCAGAAAUGCUUUCACAGGCGAAAUCCCAUCCUCAUUUGGUAACAUGAGCGCACUCGAGUGCUUGGACCUGUCACAGAACAAGUUGAGCGGGCACAUUCCACCACAGUUGGGAAAACUUACUUUCCUUUCGUUCUUGAAUCUCUCAAAUAAUCAACUAGUCGGCAGGAUCCCAACCAGCACUCAGUUUUCAACAUUUCCAAAAGCCUCAUUUACAGGAAAUAAAGGACUAUGGGGGCCUCCUUUGACAGUGGAUAACAAAGCAGGAUUGUCACCACCACCAACAGUGAAUGGAAGGCCUCCAAAUUCUGGACAUAAUCAUGAGGUUAAUUGGGAUCUUAUCAGUGUCGAAAUUGGAUUUACAUUGGGCUUUGGAGUUGCCAUUGGGUCACUCGUGUUCUGCAAGAGAUGGAGUAAGUGGUAUUACAGAGCUGUGUACAACAUCCUUCUCAAGAUAUUCCCUCAGUUGGAGGAAAGAAUUGGUAUUCAUCGAAGACAUGUUCACAUAAAUCAGCGGUGGUGGAGACGUUGA